GUUUACUGGCACCGGUGUGGGGGAAAAAGUGGGGGCUGAGAAAAGUGGAUCCUAGACGACGGAUAUUCCACACCGAUUCAGUAUCUCUAUCCGUUAGAACUCCGAUUAUUGAAAUUAGGUUGGCUAAGGAUAGUCCCAAUAUAAAUUCAUCAAAACCUCUCCCCCUUUACACCACCACUCUUUUGCUAAUCCGCCACAAUCCAUGCACAAUUAACCCUUUCCCCAUGAUGUCCAUCGCUGAUCUCUGCAAGCUCCUUGUGACCGUAUCCUUGGUAUUUGUCUCCAGCUUGUACUUUCUCCCUUCAGUUCUUAGUAAGAUAGCCUAUACUUUCUUUCCCCAGACCGCCGGAGGCUCAAAACCGACACCGAAGCAACACCAGACGUACGAGUAUGUAGCCAAGUUUUUGAACUUCUUUUACUGGCUUCAGGAAGUAGUAUUGCCUGCCCAGCUCUUGGGCGAAGACGGAGGAUUAGUCUCCAAAAUCUUUGUUUACCCGAUCAAAUCGUGUGGUUCCAUCGCAGUUGACAAGUGGGUCGUUAAUGAGCAUGGUUUGGCCUACGACCGCCAAUACAUGUUGGUGUAUAAAAAGAAAAACUCGGGUCCAGAAUCGGCGCUCGUUACAUUGUCCCACACCCUGUGUCCGAUGCUAACAUCACUUGUAACGAAGUUUAUCCCUGGCAAAUCCGAUGAAACAUAUUUCACAGAAGCACUUUUUGAAUUUAGCUACCCUGCGGCCGAAGGCUUACACGCGGCGGGAAGUUUCACGCUUCCGGUUCAUGUCACCGACGAGUACAUUAAAGUGCACGCGGAACUGAAGUCACCCAUUCUGCAUAACCUCUACGGUGUCGGCUUUACGGCCCAUAGCUUGGUAAAUGUGUUACCACGCGCCUUUAUUGAGAAUUUAAAGCUUCCCGAAUCUACAACCUUGAUUUACUCCAAGACGGGAAAAUUUGUCAAGACCAAAUCCCCCAGUCCUGAAGUUUUCCUGCAGAAAACCCCCCGGGAGGAAGGGAAUGCGUUCAGAAAGACGUUGUUCAGCGAUUACUACCCGGCUUUGGUUUUCUCGCAGAGAGACGUUGACUAUGCCAAUAAGUGCAUUGAAGCCAACACUGACGUCGUAGCGCCAGUUCCAAAAGUGACUGCGUACACAUUCCGCGGUAACAUUCUUGUAUCCGGUGGUAGGAGUUCACGGCCCCAUGAUAACGAUACGUGGGCAAAGUUUACGAUCAAUCUGAAGACUACAGGCGUCAAGCAUUUGUGGUAUGUUGCCAUGAAAUGUGCCCGUUGCUCGAGUUUGAAUAUUGUCCAGGGAAAGCUAAACCCAAAGUUGCCCGUCAGUCGAGCCUUAGCAAAGUAUCGGAAGGUGGAGAGCAGCAAGGAGCUCUUCUUUGGAAUUUACUGCAUUCAGGACGAUUUUGGAUACGAAAUUAACACCGGUGAUUCCAUCACUAUAUUGGGGAGAAAGAUCAGCUCUGCUGCCCCAUUGGAAUAGAAUUAGGGUGUGUCAGUUUUUAGCAAUGUGCAGAAACCAUAGAGGCUGAGAUCCGGCUGUACCGUUUCGAUCCAUAGCGGUGGUAGGUUUCUGAUAGAUCGCGAAGAUCAUAUCUAAUUUCUGUCUCCUUUUCUGGGUUCGACUGUCUUUGUUUUAGAACAGUUAGAGAAACUAGCUCUCGUAUAAAGUGCAUCUAGGUUGUGUUACUUCUCGGGUUAUUUUGAAUAAAUUUUGAAACCACCCCUUUUAACUUAGUGAAGUGGCUUAUCGGAGAGAUUUACGUGAUGGUCGAAGCCCGUACGCUGGUAUUAAAACGAUAUGUUUAGCACCCAGACAAAGAAUGUUCCCUUUUCGAGGUGGCUUUUAUAGUAGGGAUUCAAGUGAGUAUUUUUGUAUGGUCCUUGUACUUCCUGUUUUGGGAUCAAUCCGAC